AUGACUUCCGUGUCUCAACAAUCCCAAAUCCCCAGCCAGGCCUCUAAUACCAGCAGCGCGUCGCAGCCUACCCUGUCGUACGCUUCCACCGCGAAGAAGGCAGUCUCGUCGCCACUCAACGCGACGAGCUCCUCCACCCCUUCGCCCGCCGUGGCUGUCGGAGGCUCUGGGCCGGUACACCAUGGCAAAAGUAGUUCCAUCUCGCCCCUCAACGGCAAGCCAACAACUAUUGCACCUGCGGUACCGGCAAUCUCUGCACCUGCAAUCGCCCACAGCAGCUCUGCGGUCAAUGGCUCUUCCGAGCAUAGUCGGAAGAGUUCCGUCACCAUUGGCGCAAACGGCAUGAAUGGAGGACCCGUGGGUGGCAUGAAGAUUCAAUUCGGAUCAGUCCCAGAGGCUUCUCCCAAGGUUUCCCACAGCGCUCCUGAAGGUAGCACGACUUCGGCCCCCAUCGCGAUUCCCAACCCCAGAAUCACUGACCCGUCUCAUUCUCCGUCGCCAAUCCCAGCCCCAUCUGCGAGUGGUGGCAAGCCUCCCUCGGGUCUUCAAGGAAACAACCCUCCCAUGGCUUUUGGUAGCUUCGAGAACCAACGACGCCCUGGCGCUCAGGCAGCCCUCGCCUCAUCAAACCCACAAGUCGGUCACAAUCGCCACGAGUCGUCGCAAUCUGUGCAUAGCGACAUGAGCAAUCACACGGGUAACCCAGGUCGCGGGGGAUUCUCUGGACGAGGAGGCCGAGGUGGUGCCAGCGCCAACUUUACCCCUGGGUACCCGCCCCAGGGACAAAUGAAUUACGGAGCUCAGAAUAAUUACCGGCCCUCGGGCAAUCCACCUCGCGGUGCCAUGGCGCCCUCGUUCCAAGGUCGCGGAUUCCCCAACUCUCCUCAUCAGGCCACACGAAGCCCCAACCUGGCCAACUCGAUUCCCGGUGGCUCGAUGCCCGGCACCCCCAACAUGAACCAGGCGAUGCCGAUGCCAAACCAACAGCAGUAUGGCAACUACUACGCACCCAUGCAUCCACAAGUACAGAGCCCUUCUUCUUUGAAAUGCGUCCCUUACAAAUCCGUCUCCAAGGGUAAGAGGGGCAAGAACAAUAACUACCGGUUUAGCGGCAAGAAUGAGCAGUACUCAGAACGCCAGCGGCCACAAGAGAGUCUGAUGCAGGUGUUCAGCCACGACUAUACGACUGAUGAGCUUAAGCUGCCAGUCCGUGAGAAUCAGGUCCAUCAUGAUGCGAAACAGUUCCACGAACUUACACCGCCCGUUGCGGCGAUGCGUGUCAAUGGACCUGCACCACGAGUCGCUGGGAACCCCGAUCUGACUAAUCUUGCUGGUUCCGGUUUGCCUACUCUUCCCCCUUUUCCUCAGGCUCCACUAGGUGGAAAUCGCAGCAGUGGCGGCCCCCCACCUCCAUUCUACGAGCCUCUGGGUCCUCCUAAUCUUGAUCCUGUGACAGGAAACUUUGAUCAAAUUGCACAACGCUUACAAGAACAACAGCAGUACCCCGGAUACCCCCCUCAAUUCGGCAACGAUGGGCGCAUGGGCAUGCAACAGGCACCAUACGGCUAUCCUCAGAUGGCCCACAUGCAAGGCUACCCACCCCCAUCUCCACAACCUCCAUUCCACCAGCCUGCUGCCUACACUCCAGGCCAGUACAACAAUGGCGGUCAGUCAAUGUCGAGAAACGGUUCGCAAAUGUCCGAGAGACCAGCCUCUAGUAUGGGACAACCUCAGACACCCAUGACUCCAGUAGCUCACGCCCAUGCUCCUCAGCCGAAGCCCAACCCUGCAUCUCCAGCUUUCUCCAGACCUGCUCGAAAGAGCGCUGCCAUCAUUAUCAAGAGACCCGAUGGGGAGGCCGUGGAUGUUGGUAGUUUUAAGGCUCCAGCGUCGCCAGCUCCCAGUCAGCAGCGCGCCAGAACACCUCCCGUCAUCGCCUCCACCCCGACUCCUCCACCAAAAUCCGCCACUCCUCAAGUUGCUCGCAGUGACAGUGGCCCUACUCCUCAAAAGACUGCCGAGCAGAUUCGUCUCGAGAUGGUAGAAAAGGUCAAGAAGGCCAAGGAGGAAGACGAAGCUAACGAGGCCAAAGAGGCUGCCGACGCCAAGUUGAAAGAUGAGGAGAAGAUGCAGGAGGCUGCCAAGGCUGCGGAGGCCGAGAAGGCCAAGGCAGAGGCCGAGGCAAAGGCUGCUGCAGCAGAGCAAGCUAAGAAAGACGAAGACGAAGAGCUCGAGCGUCAGAUCCAGGAGAUGGAGGCAGCCGAGGCUGAGAGAGAGCGAAAGGAGGCAGAGCUCCUGGCGAAGCGUGCGGCCGAGAAGGAGGCAGCCGAAGCUGCCAAUGCCGAGAAGAAAAAGGCAGAGGCUGCUGCUAACGAUCUCAAGCUCAAGGAACAAGAGCGUGAGAUGGAGCGCUUGGAGGACGAGAAGGAAAAGAAGCGUCAAGAGGCAGAGGCCAAGCCUGCCGCUGGAGGCGACAAACCUGCCGAGAAGGAGGGCUCGAAGACCCCCAGCACUUUGGCCUCUAAGCUUUCCAACAUGACCCUGGGCACAGGUAGUGGCGCAUCCACACCAGACUCUGACAGUUCGAUGGGUCCACCCCCCAAGAUCAACCUGUCCGAAAAGCGGGGAAAGCCUGUUGCCCUCAACCUGGCCCCUCUCAACAACAAACCGGUAGAGCCACCGCAGCCUAGCGCUGCUCUUCAAUCUUUGAAGUCCGCUCGCUUCCUCACCCUGAUGAACUCUUCUCUCUACCCACCUAAUAUCAACUCCCCCAACCCGGCGCUGAACUCUGCCGUCACCACGAAGGGCAAGAGCUUCAAGUACGAUAAGGAGUUCUUGCUCCAGUUUCAAAAGGUCUUCGUUGAAAAGCCAUCGAUGGAGUUUGAGUCACAAAUCAAGGCUCUCAUUGGAGAUGGUGAUGGGGGAUCAGCUCGCCUGGGCUCUGCGAGACCCGGUGGAAGUGGGAUGGGACCCAGACAGGGUUCUUCACGCAACAACCCACCCGGUGCUUUCGCUAUGGGCUCUUUUGGUGCCGUCGGCGGUGGUGGCGGCAAGACACUUCCUCCCGGAACAACCUCGGCCGAGCGCUUUGCUAUGGCCAGCGGCUCCAUGCCUCGCCCUGCACCUUCGACUUCCUCGUUCAACCGAGCAGGUGGAGCAGGCUUCCCAGGUGGCAACCAAAUGGCUCGUAACAUGUCCAACCCCAUGAACAAUAUUCCCCAUUCACCCCGCCAAGCAAGCAGAUCCCAACGUGGGGGCGGUGGAGGCGGUGGAGGCGGUGGCAGCAGAAAAGAUAGCAACUUCCAAAGUUCUUCUAAAUCGGAGGCUCAAGCAGCAAAGACGAUGCCUCUCACUGCCGGCAUGGACCUAAAGCCGAUUGCAAUCACCGCUACCGGCUGGAAGCCACGGAUUGCUCAACAGGCCUCCGCCACUGGUGCCGCUGGACCCACCCCCGGCUCAUCAGGUGCAUCUGGGCACCUGGAGCCUGAUAUGGUUCAAAGAAAGGUCAAGGCAGCUCUGAACAAGAUGACUCCCGAGAAGUUCGAUAAGAUCGCGGAUCAGGUUCUCGCCAUUGCCGCUCAAUCCAAAGACGAGGCCGAUGGACGCACUCUCCGACAAGUCAUUCAACUCACCUUUGAGAAGGCUACUGACGAGGCUCACUGGGCUUCUAUGUACGCCAAAUUUUGCAAACGUAUGUUGGAGACCAUGAGUCCCGAGAUCAAGGAUGAGAGCAUUGUUGACAAGAACGGGAACAUUGUUUCUGGUGGCAACCUGUUCCGAAAAUACUUGCUCAACCGAUGUCAAGAGGAGUUUGAGCGUGGUUGGAAGAUUGACUUGCCAGAGAAGCCGGAAGGUGAUGGCGAAGAGGUCAAGACUGAGGAAGCCGCCAUGCUUUCUGACGAGUACUACAUCGCCGCUGCCGCCAAGCGACGUGGCCUUGGCCUUGUGCAGUUCAUUGGAGAGCUUUACAAGCUUAGUAUGCUUACGGAGCGUAUCAUGCACGAGUGCGUGAAGAAGCUUGUCGACUACACCGGCAUCCCAGAUGAGGCUGAAAUUGAAUCUUUGACGAAGCUUCUGAAGACUAUCGGUUCCAACCUGGACAGCACGGAGAAGGGUCGACCUAUGAUGGAUGUGUACUUCCAACGCAUCCAGACUAUGGUUGAUACGCCUGAGCUGCCCAGCCGUCUGAGAUUCAUGCUUAUGGAUAUCAUCGAUCUGCGCAAGAAGCGAUGGGCAUCCAAGGAUAAUAACAAGGGCCCUAAGACUCUCGAUGAGGUCAGAAUCGAGGCCGAAGCAGCUGCUAGCCAGAAGGCCGCUGAGAACAAUGCUCGUGGCAGUCAACGUGGUGGUGGGCGCAUGCAAAUGGGUCGUGGCGACGGCCGCAAUUUCUCGGGUCAAUACGGCAACCAACCCCCGGUCGAUUACCAGAAGAACGUCGUUGGUAUGGACGAUCUUCGCCGGCUUACCAACAAGAACCCUAGCCGGGCCGCAAGCCAGCAAAUGUCUUUCGGUCCAUCAUCUAUGUUCUCAUCCCGCAGCAACAGUGGUCGCAAGGGACCUGGCAACUUUGGCAGAGCAGGAGAAGAAUCCGGAGCUUCUUCAAGAACAGGCACCCCUCCUCAGAAGGAAAAGGCAGACUCUACUUCCGCAAAUGCAUUCAGCCUGCUUGCAGGAUUAGGAUCUGGUGAUCAAGAGACCCCAGCCUCCCCACCUUCGACAUCCGCUUCUCCCGCCAUGACCAAGUCUAUACCUGCUUCGGCAGACAAGUCUGGCGACAAGGAGAGCCAGUCAUGA